AUGCGGCUUUCGGGAAAAGCUGCGCUUCGUGAGGGUAGAGGCGGAGUCACAGUAAGUCACAAGGGCAGCCGAAGGGAGGGAAGAUCCAUGCCCAAACCCAACAAAGGAACGAAAAAAGUCGACGGUGAGGUUGAGUGUAUAACUGUGGGUGCAAAGCAGUUGUUGGUUUCUGCGCAAGAUAGACUUCGACGGAAAAGGUAUGCCAAAUUCUUUGAUGAGCUUCUUGUAGCGACCCAAGAGACCACCCGAGGCCCUCGGGCUCUGACGACCCUUGGAAAGAGUGAGGUUCCAGUGCUGGCAGUUGGAUACAUAGCCCGUGCGAUGGGCCUCAACCUCUCCAAUAAGGAGGUUUUAUGCUUGCUGGAGAUGGUGGAGGACACAGAUGCGGCUUCCCGGGGAGUUGUGCUUGCAGAGGUACUGAAAGAAGUAAUAGUUGAGGCUCUCAUGACGGGUUUAAUGGCUCCCCCAAAGGCGCCAGUGACAGCCACAGCUUCUUCGCGAAAGCCACCAGUUGCUGCGUCUCCCGCCUCAAGAAUAGCGCCGAUUUCUGUUGUUCGCGACAGUGAGGAGAAAAUAUACGAGGCAUUUUCCGUGUUGGAUUUGGCUAGGCGUGGGUACCUGGAAGCGGAGGAGCUGCGGCGUUUUCUGCGUAGUGGAGGCGAACCCUUUACAGAAGAGGAGGUAGAUGAGUUUAUAUCCGCAGCCGCUGACCCGGAAAGUGGGCGUAUAUACUAUGAGGAAUUUGCUGACGUUCUUGCAACUGAGUAG